AUGCUUUUUGUCAUUUUCGUUUGGCAGCCAAUCCCGAUUUUGAGCUCCGAUCCAAUCUAAGGGAAGAGUGAAGUUUUUUGCCGGCGAAGAUUCAGGAAAAUUCUUCUAUUUCUACGUAAUCAGCAAAUUAUUAUCAUUUGGAAAAGAUUCUGUAACUUUUUUAACUGUAUUUAAAAAAAAAUCCCAUCGAUUUGAGUAUCUUGCGUUUGUAUUGCAUCAGCUGUUCAUGGACUGGAGAAACAGAUGAUUGACUGAAACAUGGGCCAUGGAAUAGAUGAAGAGGAGAAGCCUUGUAGAGCGUGCUCGGACUUCAAGACUUGGGCCAAGCAGCGGAAACAGAAUGGUAGAAGUACUACAACCAAAACUUUCGAGAGGAAAGACGCGGGCGAGGUUUCCAAAGUUUCUGCCAGUUCUCAAGAUAUAUUGAAGAGAAAAGACUGUCCUUUAGAUAAAGAUGAACUUGGUAACUCAACAUGGGGAUUCCUUCAUUCAAUGGCGUCGUAUUUCCCAGAGAAGCCUUCGCAGACUCAAUCAGAGAACAUGUCGAGGUUUUUCAACAUUUUUGCUCAAUUUUAUCCAUGUGAGCCCUGUGCCUUGGAUUUUCAAGAAGACAUCAAGAAGAACCCACCGCAGACAAAAUCCAGAGAUGAAUUAGCGAAAUGGCUGUGUGAGAGACAUAACACAGUCAAUGUGAAGCUCGGUAAACCCAAGUUUGACUGCAGCAAAGUACAUGAACGAUGGAGAGAUGGGUGGCUUGAUGGAUCAUGUGAUUAACAUGAAUUUAGUUCAAUGUCAUGAAAUCUUGUUAACUAUGUUUAAUUACCAUGUGCCUUGUGCGCUCCAUUGUUAAGAGUUACCAAAGAACUAUUCAAUUCAAUUGAAAAGAAAAAGAUUUAUUUUUGAAAGAGGAUUUUCUCAGUUUUCCAUUUUUUGCAUAUCAAGGCUUAAACAUGUCAGCACAUCUUUCUUCAGUUACAUUAAAUGCAAGAUUUUAUUUAGAUUCAAAAGAUAGUGAGUUUAAGUUUAUGUCAGUGUUGCCACAUUUUAGUUCAUUUUAUAAGCGAUUAAUGCUUGCAGUAGUUGAUCACAAUUGUAGUGAAUUUUGUUACAGUUUUAUGUAAAAGUUUAUAGAUUUUGUACAUAAUUGUAUUAUGAAUAGUUGUCUAUUAUGUACAAUAUAGUUUUGGGAAUUUGUUACUUUAAUAAACUCUAUUGAGUACUGUGUAUUA